AUGAACGUUGAUAUAUAAAAAGGUAGAGAAAGACCUGUUAGAAGAAACGGCUUAGUUAAUGGUCUUAAUCCAUAUCAAACUGUUAGUUGGAUUUAUACUCUGACUGAUAUUAUAAUAGCUUACAUAUUUUCAUUUUAGUUUGAAGAGUAGGGAAUACAUGUAAUAUUUAAUUUAUUUUCUUAAGGAACUCUUGCUCAUCUUGUUAACAAUCAUUGUUACAACCAUUUGUUACAGUUGUCUUAAAGCUACUCUAAUAGAUCCUACAGAUCCUAUAGUGAAAUAGGAAAUAUCACACAAACAAUAAGGGUAAAUAUAUUUAUUAUUAUGCCAAAGUAAGGAAUUUAAAACUGAGAUCAAAUCGUAUUGUCUAGUAUGUUAGGCACAUGUCUAAGAAAAAACUAAGCAUUGUUGGAGUUGUAAUAAGUAAUUCUGAGAUUUCAUUUAGAUGUGUAUCACUUUUUGAUCAUCAUUGUAUAUGGCUCAAUAAUUGCGUUGGGGAUUAGAACUAUUCAUACUUUUUUAUAUUAGUUAUUUCCUUGGUCGCCUUUAAAAUAUUCAAAUUGGCCUUAGAUGUCAAUCUAAUAUACUAUGCAGAUGAUUUAUAAAUACUAGUUUAUAUUUGCAUUGCAAUCGAUCCACCAGUCCUCAUUAUUCUAAUAUACUUAUUGUCAAUGCAUUUAUUUUUUAAGUUUAUGAUUUAUUUGAUAUUCCUAGAUACAAACAUAUAACUACAUAUGAAUACAUUAAAUCAAAGUAGGACAAGAAAUAAUAAAUAAACCAACAACAGCACCCACAACAAAAGUAGAAUUAAAAUGAAAGUGGAACUGGAUAUGGUUAGUUAUUAUCAACUUCAAAAAGAUUCGAUUUGAAAUCAUAAUUGUCUCUAAAAACUGCAGAUUCUAAAACAAAUAAAUAGAACUAUUUUUCAAACAAAGAAGAUGAUAAAAAGAAUCCUUAAUAAUCUCCUUCUUAACCUUAAUUUACUUAGAUUCCUAGUUUAUUCACUUCAAAACCAACAACUCCAGGCAACGAUCAGGAUAGAAAGUAUCGAAUAUAAUAAUAGAAUUCCUAAUCCUAAGCAAAAGAUCUGGAUGAAAUAAGAGAUAAGUAGAUUUACAAUUAAGUGAUUGCCGAAGAUUCAGAACCUUAAAUGAAUGAAAGUUCUGACGAAGAGUAGAAUGACAACUUUAACAACAAUAAACAUCAUUGUCCAAAGAAUAGCAAUGUUUCUCAGAUUGAUUAAGCAGUAAAUCAAUCUAUAUCUGUGGAAGUUGAUUAAUAAAUCAUCCAAGAGAAAUAAGAGGAAGUGAAUAAGGAAAUAGAGAAUGUAAAUAAAUCAGUGGAUCAAGAUAUAGUUAGUGUUUCAAAUUAAUAAUCAUUACAUGCACAAUAACCUCCUCCUCCUUAGAAUUGCUAUACAUUCUAAAUGGAUUUAAAUUCUGAAUAAUAGAAGAUUAUCAUAUCUCCGUCUAGUAAGAGAAAUAGUUAACAUUUAAUUGCUGAUAAUUGUACUGAAUGA